UCUAACAGGGAGACAUGGCUGUUACCUUUCCUUCUUGCUCAUUUUCUCUAUCAUCUUUUGAUUCCUCACCGAAACUUUACUCCCGAAUUUCUCUUCGGUUCCUUAAAAGAAACGGCAAGACAAGCUUACAUGCACCGAGAUUUUCUGGUUCAAUUCAAUGCUCUGCAGAUUCCAACAAUAGGAACGCCCUUAGAACUUGCAAAAAUUGCAAAACUCAGUUCGAUCCUUUGCUCAAUCAUCCUCGUGCUUGCCGCUUUCACACCGCUCAUUACGGAGGAGAAACAAAGAGAAAGUUUGAGAGUGUCUAUACUGGUGGAACUAUGAAUUCUCCAGACUCCGGCAAAGUUUUCCAGUACUGGCACUGUUGUGGCUCUGAGGACCCGUUUGACCCUGGAUGCACUGCUGCUCCUCACUCCUCCUAUGAUGACUGAUUUAUUGUCACAGCCUUCCAUUCGCAAAUACAUUCUUUCAUAUAUUCAAAAUGUUAUUAGUCCAUCAAAGCUUGGGCAAGAGUCAUUAAUCAUCUGGCAUCGUUUUCCCAGUAAUAUAGUCAGUGCCUUGUCCAGAAUUUUCAUGUGUGAUUUGAAUGAUUCUCCUAUAGAUUUUCUGUUUGGCAAUCACUCUUACAAAAAUGGAAUUUGUAAUGCAACCUUAUAUAUUCAAA